UUAUUUGUUCUCCAGUUUGAAAUAUUUACGGCCUAUAAAAUACAUCGUUGAUUCUUUAGUUAAGGAUAAAGUGGUCUGGAUGCGCUAGAAGCACUGUGCCGCUUCUCGUGCUAUCUUUGCUUGUUAGUUAGCUUAGCUCGCUAGUUAGCUUAGCUUGUUAGCUGCUAACAAAGAGACGAGGACAUUAUCAACACAUCGCUAAGUAGAGAUCAAGUGUGAGAGUAAAGUGUUGUGAUUGUGUGAAAAUGUGCGAAAGAAGGAUAGCAAAGUAUGAGGAGGAACUUUGUCCAACAAAAGAGGAGGACGAGCGACAACAUCAACUACUGGACGUUUAUUAUAAGAAACAUCAUCAAGUUGUGUUACACAGAACAGACCUCGAUGAAGAACAUCUUCCUCGUGAGCAGGAGGUGGAACCACAGUACCCCCACAUACACAAGGAAGAAGGGGUACCACAUUCCCAACACAUCAAAGAGGGAGGAGAGGAGCCACAGCCCCCCCACAUUAAAGAGGAAGACGAGAAGCCACAGACCCAUAAUGUUAAACUGACCCUUCACAUUAAAGGGCAAGCGGAGGACCCACUGAACUUACACAUCAAAAAGGAAGAGGAGGACUCACUGACCCCCAACUUUAAAGAGGAAGAGGAGGACCAAGAGCCGCCGCAGAUUAAAGAGGAAGAGGAGGAAAAGGGCAUCAGUCAGCCUAAAUGGUUGGAGGAGUUCCCAGUGACUGGUGUCCCUGUGAAGAGUGAAGAUGAUGAGGUGAAAGGUGAAAGUGAGGAGAGGGGAGGGGGGGAGCCUCCAAGCAGCAGCUCAACACAACACAUGACAACAGAAGCUGAUGGAGACCACUGUGGAGGAUCACAAGCAGACAAGCUCUUAGCUCCACUAUCAGAUAGUGAGGACACAACGUCACACUCUCCUGACACUGAUGAUGAAGACUCUAAAGAUGAUAAGACAUGUCACACUGACAACACUCACUUCACAUCUUCUCACUGUCACAAAACCUUUAAAUACCAUAGUUCUCUGAAAUUACACAUAAGAUCACACACUGGAGAAAAACCUUUUUCUUGUUCACUCUGUAGUAAAGGUUUUACACAACGUCAGAAUUUGAAAGUACACAUGAGAACACACACUGGUGAAAAAACUUUUUCCUGUACAAUCUGUAGUGAAGGUUUUGUAGAAAGUCGCAAUUUGAAAAAACACAUGAGGACACACACUGGAGAAAGACCUUUUGUUUGUUCAACCUGUGGUAAAGGUUUGGCAGACAGUAACAAUUUGAAAAGACACAUGAGAACACACACUGGUGAAAAGCCUUUUUCCUGUUCAACCUGUGGUAAAGGUUUUACACAAAGUCAACAUUUGAAAAGACACAUGAGGACACACACUGGUGAAAAACCUUUUUCUUGUUCAAUCUGUGGUAAAGGAUUUACACAAAGUAGUAGUUUGAAAACACACAUGAGAACACACACUGGUGAAAAAUUGCAUUCCUGUUGAAUCUGCAACAGAAGCUUUUGUUGACGAUCAAAGCUUGUAGCACACAUGAGAAGACACCCAGGAGAGAAAGUGUUGAGUUGCAGUGUGUGUGGUGAAAGAUUGUCUUCUAAGUAGCAGUGUAAGAAACACAAGUGUGCUGGUGAGAACAGCAGCAGCAAAUGAAACUGCAGGAUUUGAAAUAAACUGUCCAGACUUUCAUUUUGACUUUCUAACAACAUCAGCACAUAUAACAUGUGUGACAUUGUUGUUUGUCUAACAAUCUGUUUAAUACAUGUCUACAUUUAUAGAUUAGAUAUUUUAUAUUACUGCUUUUUUCAGUCAAGUAAAUGCAUUAAUAUGCAACAUUGUGUACUUAUAUUAAAAAAUGGACAGAACAAUUUGAGUAAAAAGGUGAGAGUAAACAAUAAAAGACAUAUUUUACAUGCAAUAAACAUUUUGUGCACACACACACAUAUAUAUAUAUAUAUAUAUAUAUAUAUAUAUAUAUAUAUAUAUAUAUACAGUGAAGAUAAGUAUUUGAACACCCUGCUAUUUUGCUAGUUCUCCCACUUAGAAAUCAUUGAGGGGUCUGAAAAUUUCACAGUAGGUGCAUGUCCACUGUAUGACAGAUAACCUAAAAAGAAAAUUCCAGAAAUCAAAACCUAUGAUUUUUGAACAAUUUAUUCGUGUGAUACAGCUGAAAAUAAGUAUUUGAACACCAACAUUAAUAUUUGGUAGAUUAGCCUUUGUUUGCAAUUACAGAGGUCAAACAUUUCCUGUAGUUCUUCAGCAGGUUUGUACAGACUGCAGGAGGGAUUUUGGCCCACUCCUCCACUCAGGUCUUCUCUAGAUCAGUCAGGUUUCUGGGUUGUCGCUGAGUAACACAGACUUUCAGCUCCCUCCAAAGAUUUUUAAUUGGAUUUAGGUCUGGAGACUGGCUAGGACACCCCGGAACCUUGAUAUGGUUCUUAAUGAGCCCCUUCUUUGUUUUCCUGGCUGUGUGCUUUGGGUCAUUGUCAUGUUGGAAGAUCCAGCCACGACUCAUCUUCAAUGAUCUGACUGAGGGAAGGAGAUUUUUGGCCAAAAUCUCACAAUACAUGGCUGCAGUCAUCCUCUCCUUAAUACAGUACAGUCGUCCUGUUCCAUGAGCAGAAAAACACCCCCAAAGCAUGAUGCUACCACCCCCAUGCUUCACAGUAGGGAUGGUGAUCUUGGGAUGGUACGCAUCAUUCUUCUUCCUCCAAACACACAUAGUGGAAUUAUGACCAAAAAGGUCAAUUUGGGUCUCAUCUGUCCACAAAACUUUCUCCCAUUAAUCCUCUGGAUGAUCCAAAUGGUCAUCGGCAAACUUAAGACGGGCCUUAACAUGUUUUGGUUUAAGCAGGGAACCUUCCGUGCCAUGCAUGAUUUCAAACCAUGACGUCUUAGUGUAUUACCAACAGUCACCAUGGAAACAGUCAAUCAAUCAAUCAAUGUUUACUUAUAUAGCCCUAAAUCACUAGUGUCUCAAAGGGCUGCACAAACCACCACGACAUCCUCGGUAGGCCCACAUAAGGGCAAGGAAAACUCACACCCAGUGGGACAUCGGUGACAAUAAUGAUCCAGUGGGACGUCUGUGACAAUAAUGAUUAUGAGAACCUUAGAGAGGAGGAAAGCAAUGGAUGUCGAGCGGGUCUAACAUGAUACUGUGAAAGUUCAAUCCACAAUGGAUCCAACACAGUGGUCCCAGCUCAUUUCAGGUCAUUGACCAAGUCCUGCCGUGUAGUCCUGGGCUGAUUCCUCACCUUUCUUGGCAUCAUUGAGACCCCACCAGGUGAUAUCUUGCACGGGGCUCCACUCUGAUUGAGAUUGAGCGUCAUGUUUAGCUUCUUCCAUUUUCUAAUGAUUGCUCCAACAGUGGACCUUUUAUCACCAAGCUACUUGGCAAUUUCUCCAGAGCCCUUUCCAUCUUUGUGGAGUUGUACACUAUUGUGUCUGGUGUCUUUGGACAGCUCUUUGCUCUUAGCCAUGCUGAAUGUGUGGGUCUUUCUGAUCGUAUGGGGUGGACAGGUGUCUUUAUGCAGCUAACGACAUCACACAGGUGCAUCUGAUUCAGGAUAAUACAGUGGAGUGGAGGAGGACUUUUAAAGGCGGACUAACAUGUCUUUGAGGGUCAGAAUUUUAGCUGAUAGACAGGUGUUCAAAUACUUAUUUUCAGCUGUAAUACACAAAUAAAUUGUUAAAAAAUCAUAGAUUGUGAUUUCUGGAUUUUUCUUUUUAGGUUAUCUGUCAUACAGUGGACAUGCAACUACCAUGAACAUUUUAGACCCCUCAAUGAUUUCUAAGUGGAGGAACUUGCAAAAUAGCAGGGUGUUCAAAUACUUAUUUUCUUGACUGUAUGUUCUGGUUCACAUCUGAAACAUCUUCUGGACCACUUCAGGAAGCAUAUUAUUAUUUACUUUAUACAUCAUUUGAACAGUUGUCUUUUAUUCACUUUUAAAAUGUGUGAUUUUGUGAAUCAUUUGAUGGGUCUCUAUAAUCUAUUUUGUUAAUUAUCGUUAUUACUCUGAAUCAUGAUGGUUGUGUUGUGAUUAUUUUAUAUGUAUGUCCCCAGGCCUUUAUGCAGUAUAAAAGUGAGAGAAAACAGCAUAUGUUUUUUUGUGGAAAGAUGGCUUUGUUUUAAAAAUCUUACAUUUGUGGAUACAUCAAAUAAAUCCAGUAUUGUGUUUAAAAA